GAAGUAACAAGAAGACUUGGUGAAUAGUGGUCUGUGCGUUUCACUCUCGUGACAUAUGUGUGUGCCGACGGGAGGGGUAAAAAGAUGCACAUGGACAAAAGGAUUUCUCCACAGCUUUCACUGUCACAGGAAUGUGUAAGACGCAGAAUGCUGACAACACUCAAGAAACGACAACAAACAGCAGCAGCUCUUUUGCUUUUUCUCUUUGGUCCAUCACUCAUCGCUGGAGUCAGCCUCUCACCAAGUUGUAUCGAUGGUACCUGGGAAGUACUGGCUGAGGAAGAAACUCAUUUCCAUUGCACGGCUGAAGGAGAUAUGCAGUGGACAUUACUACUUACUAACAGCUCUCGUCCCAUCUCAUUAGCUACAUGCAAUACAAACUGCAUCACUCUGAAUACCUACCAGGGACUUUUCGCAGCAAGGAUUACCGACCUUCACACAUCAACUCUCACUAUCAAUCCUAAGAACAACAGAAAGUUAUACGACAAUAUCCAGCUUGUGAACGGCAGUCUGGAGUGUAAUCGUGGAGAUAUGGAUGACUCAUUUGCUGGCUGUGGGCUCAACUUUGUGUAUCCUCCAAAUGGAGUCUCUUGCACAGCAUUGAAUACCUCAUGGGCCAUCAAUGUGUCCUGUGUUAUCGGCAGUGUCUACUCCUCACGGAAGCUUUACACAUGUUCCUUGAUUCGAACACAGAUGUCCAAGAAGGAAAUACUAGAAACUGUCACCAUGGUGACCUCAUCGACCAGCGAGAGGAUCACUAAGAAUGAAAUAAAGGUGUCAGGAUCCUGUUGGUUUUACACAACACUCCCACCAGACGAAGGGAAAUAUGGAUUCCUUGUCUCUGUCUCACCAGGUGGACGACAUUUUAACAUGGAAGACAAGUUGUUCACAGUUGAACAGCCCGGAUUGCCAGCAGUCUCUUGUGGUCCUCACCCCUACGUGUUAGAAAACACAAGAGUUUUCUGUACCUGCAGCACAUCUAGCCUCGGGGUGCCGGCAGGGUACCUGAGAUGGGUCACCGGUAACCAACUAAAUCAAGGAACAGUUGCCAUGCAAGAAAAUCUGGAGCUGUCAUCAAAAAGACUAGACUAUAGUCAUAUCCUUAUUUUGUCUGAUCACGGUAGGACUUGGUUCAGGUGUGAUGUUAUUUGGGCAACUGAGGAAAUUCGAGGAGAGAACUACACUGCUAACGUGGGAUACCCUCCUAAAACACCACAUUUUUCUUUCAACAACCUUCAAAGAAAUCAAUCAGUCAACGAAAGAGAUCAAGUGAAUUUUCUGUGUGAAUCAGAUGGUCGACCUAGACCAAUCGUUUCCAUCUAUAACAACGACAACGACACUGUUAUCAUUAGACACUCGUCUCCUGUCACCUACUCGUUCAUCGCUCGCUGCGAGGACACGGCCACCUACACGUGCUCUGCCUGGAAUGAGUUUUCUAAUCAUUCUGGCGUGACAACCUCCUACAGUCUUGAGAUUGGUGUCAAUUGUAAGCCUCGAAGCCUUUCAUUCAACCACCUGGGCACGGUCAAGUUUGGAAAUAAAACACAGGAGCUGAACUUUGAAGUUAUCACUUACCCUGCACCUAACAAGUAUGACUUAUGGUUCGCACCACUAGUAAUAAACAACAGUGAGCCCCUCUUCAGGAGGAUUGAAAGUUCAGAGCUAAAAAUCACAUGCAAAGCUUCCAUACAACGCCGUUACCUGUCAAGGUGCACUUUGACCUUCUAUGGCGGUCAGUCCCGAUCAGAUGGUUUCUACAAAGUACAAGUCAUCAAUGAGCAUGGUGAAGACAAUUUCACUAUUGCUAUAAGUUACGAUGAAUAUGUUUUGGAGAGAAGAAGUAGCAAACAUCAAUAUGAUUCAAAGCAAUGUGUCCAAAGCCAAAGUACCAGGGGCAGACAAUUUAUCCCAAUAAAAGCUAAAAAAAGAAAACGCUGAUAUUUCUUUUUUUCUCUCUGUAUGUGCAAAUGUAUUUGUGUGAGUAUUAACUUCUUUGUCCACACAAGCUCAAAAUAGAGAAAGAAGAUAUACACACCUGCUCACUAGAACUAUUUUCUCCUGUGUGAGU